UAAAGUCAAAUGUCAGGGGUCCAAUUGUAAUUUAUCGUGUAAAAUUUAUGUGGUUAUAUGAAGUAACGUUGCUUUGUCAACUCAAUUCCCUCCACUGAUGUACCGAAUACAAAUACUGCCGCGAAAACACAACACAAAACCUUCCAUUCCCGCCAAAACCAAAGCGAGCACCCCAUAAGCCGGAGAACAGCACUUGUACAGAAACACAGCCGACCAAAACCCCCCCAAAUCCAGCCCUAGCAUGAAGAUCCGAUCAGUGAAGCUCCGAGAAGCCCACCGGAACAAUAACGGCGCGGCCUCAUUCUCUUCGAUUCUUUGGGACCUCAAAGCCGAGCACAUCGUCACUUCUUCGUCUUCCGAUUCGUCCAUCUGCAUUCACGAUCCUCUUUUGCCCUCGAAUACACCCAAGAUUCUUCGGAAUCAUAGAGAUGGUGUCACGGCCUUGGCUCUCAGCCCUAAUUCUACCUGUCUUGCUUCUGGAUCUAUCGAUCAUUCUGUCAAGCUCUACAAAUUCCCUGGUGGAGAAUUUGAGACCAACAUCACCAGAUUUACAUUGCCAAUCCGUGCACUUGCUUUUAAUAAAUCUGGUACCAUGUUGGCAGCUGCUGGUGAUGAUGAAGGUAUUAAACUUAUCAAUACCAUUGAUGGUUCAAUUGCAAGGGUUCUCAAAGGACAUAAAGGAUCUAUCACUGGCUUAGCUUUUGAUCCAAAGAGUGAAUACUUGGCUUCAGUUGAUUCGUUUGGGACAGUGAUAUACUGGGAACUCCAAUCUGGAAGAACUGUUCAUACACUUAAAAGCAUAGCUCCUUACACUCUUUCUGACAAUUCCACUAUGAAUGUAGUUAACUGGAGCCCAGAUGGGGAGAUUCUAGCUGUCCCAGGUUUGAAAAAUGAUGUGGUGAUGCAUGAUAGAGACACUGCUGAAAAGCUGUUUUCACUUAGAGGUGAUCAUGUGCAACCUAUUUGUUUCAUAUCUUGGUCACCUAAUGGGAAAUAUAUGGCCACUUCUGGUUUAGACAAGCAGGUUCUGAUUUGGGAUGUUGAUCGAAGGCAGGACAUUGAUCGGCAGAAAUUUGAGGCUGCAAUAUGUUGUAUGGCAUGGAACCCACAUGGGAAUGCACUGGCAGUCAUUGAUGUUAUGGGAAAAUAUGGGGUAUGGGAAUCGCCUGUACCUACAUCAAUGAAAUCUCCUACUGAAAAUAUUCCAGGUCUUCAAACAAAAAACAGUAAUGGCCUCCUCUUUUUCGAUGAAGAGGAAGGAGAGCCUAGUGCAUCUGGCAGUUUAAGUGAUCUUGGUGAAGAUAGUAAUGGUGAAGCUGAAUUACCUAGCAGGAAAAGACUACGUAAACAGUCUGACUAUGAUGGAGAUUGGGAUGGAGAAACUAGCAAUGAGCUGAGUUUGCUUCCAAAGAUAGAAUCCCGCAAAAAAGCUUCUCAUGGUCAAAAGGGUAGCCUGGGUAAUGGGAAAGAGGGACUAAGAAGCACAAUAAUAUCUGCAGGGCCAAAAAUGCAGGAAGCUUUUCAGCCAGGUGCUACUCCUUUGCAGGCAGGAAAAAAGCGAUUUCUGUGCUACAAUAUGCUUGGAAGUAUAACCACAAUGGAGCAUGAUGGAUACUCCCACAUAGAGAUAGAUUUUCAUGAUACUAGCAGCGGCCCACGAGUUCCAGCAAUGACUGAUUAUUUUGGUUUCACCAUGGCUUCAUUAAAUGAAAGCGGAAGUGUCUUUGCAAAUCCAUGCAAGGGUGAGAAGAACAUGAGUACUCUCAUGUAUCGUCCAUUCAGUAGCUGGGCAAAUAAUAGUGAGUGGUCUAUGCGUUUUGAAGAAGAAGAAGUGAGAGCUGUGGCACUUGGUACUGUCUGGGUUGCUGCUGUUACAAGUCUUAAUUUUCUACGCAUCUUCACUGAGGGUGGAUUGCAGAGAUAUAUUUUGUCUCUGGAUGGACCAGUGGUGACUACAUCAGGAUACAAAGAUGAACUUGCUGUUGUCACACAUGCUUCACCUUCUCUUCCCUCUGCUGAGCAGAUGUUAGAAUUUAGAGUAUUCAAUAUUCGUAAUGGGAUGCAGUCCCUCAGAGGACGACUUCCAUUAACUCCUGGUUCAUGUCUCACAUGGUUUGGUUUCAGCGAAGAAGGGCAAUUAAGUUCUUUUGAUUCUAAGGGUGUGUUGAGAGUCUUUACAAAUCAAUGUGGAGGCAGUUGGCUCCCACUAUUCAGUGCUAGUAAAUUAAAGAAAUCAGAGGAAUACUAUUGGGUUGUUGGAUUGAACGCAAUCAAUUUGUUUUGCAUUGUAUGCAAAUCUCCUGAUUCAUCCCCACAGGCCAUUCCCAAACCAGUUCUCACUCUAUUAGAUCUUUCAUUUCCUCUUGCAUCCUCUGACCUGGGAGCAGAUGCCCUUGAAAAUGAAUUUAUAUUUAGCAAUAUGCAUCUCUGCCAGAUUCAGAAAAGAAUUGAAGAAAUGGCAGCUGCAGGUGAGGAUACUACUUCACUCGAUGAUGAGGCUUUCAAUACAGAAGCAGCUCUUGAUAGAUGCAUCUUGAGGCUCAUAGCAUCCUGCUGCAAUGCCGAUAAGCUUGUGAGAGCUACCGAACUUGUGAAACUUCUUUCGGUGGCAAAAUCAGUGAAAGGAGCGAUUAAGCUUGUUACUGCCCUAAAACUACCGAAUUUGGCAGAGCGAUUCAAUACCAUAUUGGAAGAAAGGUUGCUCAGUGAGACCAUGGAAAAUACAGUCCCCCCUCACACAAACUUGAACAGUGAUACUAAUAUCAAAAAUGAUGUUGCAGCCACCAAGACUUUUACUUCACCAGAAAGUGCUAGACCAUCCGAACCUGUUAUUCCACUGCCAUCACAGAAGUUUUCUUAUUCCUAUGCAAAGAAAGAGAAGUUGGAAGAUCUUGCUAAAGCUGGAAAAGCAAAAACCGAACAAAAACAAAAUGGAAAAUUGGAGAAUGCAGGGGAAGUGAAAAAUGUAGGAGAGAUCAAGGUGAGGGAGGUGAAUCAGGUACAAUCUCAUCGUCCAUUGAAUCCUUUUGCAAAAUCAUCAAAUAACCAAGAAAAAUCCUCGUUAUUGGAUUCUCUAAAGAAGAUGAAGAAGAUUGACAGCACUGGUUAAAGAUAAGAGAGGAUGAUUGUAUCUCCUGGGAAAAAUAACCCAUCAGCAAGCCCAGAAAAAAAGCCUUUUAAAAAAAAAAAAAAAAACAAAAUCUUAUGUUUUUUCAAAUUGGUAAGUAUGUGUCUUAUUCAAUAUUUCAAUUUAUAACCCGUCAAUCAUCUUUGAUUUGAUCGAGCUGUUAUAUAGAAGGAUCCAACCACAUGGAUGGACUAACUAACUUGGUUUUACCUAAUUAUUCAUACUUAGCUCUCUUUAUAACUCGUCGAUCGAAAUCGGUUGGUCAAUGUAAUUUAAUAAUUAUUAAAUUUAUAUACACUAUAGUGAUGCGAUGUUAUCGUUACACUUAAUAUUGACUUGAUGCUAUGAU